GUUAUUUACUUCCCAUCGUACGCACAUGUUCGUGCCGUCGAUAUCGUGGUGAUUCACUGCUGGAAAAAAAGAACAGUAAAGGACGGCGGAGCACGCGGGUGACGCGGAGCUCGAGUCAUUGAUCCCGGUACGUUCCUGGACGGUCGACGCCAUGUCGGAGCUCGCGCCCAGCCCGCCGCCGACGGUCGCGCCGUUCGCGCUAGCCGCCUGUGUCGCGUGCGUCGCCGGCGCCGCUGCCCUCGCAGACUGCGCCGUACUGGCCGCGCUUCUCAAACGCUCGAGAACCGGCUUAUAUUCUAUCAUCAUGCAACUGGCUAUGACAGACAUUAUUCUCCUUGGCACUGUUAUUGGACCAGAAUUAUGGUCACUAAACUCAAGGACAUGGCAAUUUGGAAACAUUGCUUGCACUGCUCAUCAAGGUUUGAGCGUCUUCACUACGACGUUAACCACUUAUUUAGUUUCUGCAAUGGCUCUACAUACGCUUACUACGAUUCGACUGGAAGAAAAAUCAACAGACCGAAAAAUAAAACGUAGUAGAGAUGAUGACGAGGAAAUCAGAUCAUCACAACACAGUUUAGUAGCAAACAGUGAUUCAUCCACACCACCGCGAACCAUGAACUUGGAUUACCGCGUGGCCGAUACCGGCAUACCGGUUACUCUGCCGACUGUUUUUGUGUGGAUUCUGGCGAUUUCAUUAAGCAUACCGGAAUUCGCACUAGCUACGACGGUCCAUGCGGGGAAAAAUGUUAUUAUAUGCACUUUGGAUUCCAGUCAUCAAUUCAAUAUGCACAUAAUGCUUGCUGCUUUCAAUUUAUUCUUACCUUUGUUUAUUAUGAGCUCAGCCGCUGUUCUCAUAAUUGUUAAAUUAUUUUCAAAGAGAAGACCGUCUGGGGUAGAUAACAACGAAUCGGUAGCGGCAUUGAAGCUGUCGUUGUGGUUGAUAUCUGUGCACGUUAUACUGUGCACCCCUCGCGCGGUUCUCACUGGCUAUCGUGUUUAUUCGACGUCAAUUAGUGGAUAUGAUUCCGCGCCGGACCUAUAUUUGCAGAGCAAUACGAUCACUGUUAUAAACUUAGCGUUAAGUAGUGCUUAUUUAAGUGCAUCAUUAAUACGGCCCAUUUUGUGUAUUAUUGUUAUACAACCUCUAAAAGUAUUUUUUUCCUUCGGUGCCAAAAUUCCUGAAAAUGUGUGACUAUUUUAUGUAUAAUAUGAUGAUACUUAGAUAUGUAAAAACAAAUAAAAUUAUAAUAUUAAAUUAAGAUAGAUGAAACAUUUGUGCCUAAUAUUAAAAUAAGCACUUGUAUGUAAAAUGAUACAAUAGGUACCUAUUUCUAUUUUAGUAACUAUUGGGC